GAUUUCUAUUGCACUGGAAUCUCUUCUUUUUAAAAAAUGUUUAUUUAUUUUUGGCUGUGCUGGGUCUUUGUUGCUGUGUUGUUGUUCCUUGUUGCCCCAGAGAGUUUCAGGAAGGGGAAAUGGGACUAUUUAGAAUUUAAGCUGCUGUCUUGUUGCUUCCAGACCUGGAUGUCUGGCAGGCUAAGCUGGUGUUCUCUGUUUAUAGAGAAUCCACAUACUCUCUGCCUUUUACUCCCUGCCCUCACCCUGGGAACUUGCCUCUUGAACCGCAUUACCCAUCUCCCUUACCUUCGGGACUUGUUGGGUUCAGCUGCAGGGGAUAUCAGUAGGAGAUGGAGAAGAGAGCUUAUUUCUCCUGCUCCCUUCUUGCUGGGCAUGGUUGGGCAGUGGCCUUGUUCCUCUGCUGACGGUGGCAGCUCCUGUCUGCUGACCCUCUCCUAUAGCUGGAGCUCUCAUCAGGGUCUACAGCCCCUCCAGGCCAAGGGAUAUAAUAACCCCCAUUGCUCAAAGUCCCUGGCAGCCUCGCCGUCCCUCAUUAGCUCCCUUAAGUCUGCCCACACCUUUGUGAACUGUCCAUUUCCUCAGCUACCCCUUUGAUGUGCCCUUUGCCCAUGGGUGUAUGAGAGCUGGGUCGCUAGGGAAGUCUUCUUUUGGUGACUGACAAACCAAGUCUCCGGGAAUCUCUUCUUGGCUCCCCUGUGACUGGAAGGGGUCUGUAUGUACAAGAUACAUGGGCUCUGUAGGUACUGGGAGAUCAAAUCCAUGAAGCAGAAGUAGGAGAAAGCAUAGGUAGGAUGACAGUUAUAAAACUCUUGCUGUUCAUGACAUUUGCAGUCACAGGAGAAAAAAAUUUUUUCAUGCUUCAGAUGUGAGACAGCCCUAAGUGUUUAAGCAUACUUAAACUGCGUAAACUUCCCCUCCCCCCCCCCAGAAUUGUUAAUUGCUCAGUUGGCAAAUUGCUUUUGAAAAAUUGGCUCUCCUUGACUUGAUGGUGGAGUCAUCUGGUCCUUUGCCAGACCUGGGUUGUUGAGCAGAUUCCAUUUGAAGAAUUAGUUGGCUCUUGUCAAAGCUUGACUCUCGCAGCCCCGAGUGUAGGACUUGACCUUCUGACUCAGGACAGGCUGACUUGGCUGCCUGUGUUCAAGGCCUGCUCUGUUGGGACCCAUCAUGACAGGCUUCUUCCCAGAUGGGGUGGUUCCUACCUGAGUCACCCAACCUCAUCCAGUUAGGAGUAGCCCAAGCCCAACCCCUUAGACCAGAAUCCUUCUUAGCAGGGUGUGAGACUGUCCUAGGUUCUUUGGGCUGGAAAGGAGUCCACCCUAUGGGAGCCCGGAUGGGCUGGGCUGUGCUGAGAGGCCAGGGAGCUGCUCAGAGCUACAGUGGGAAGGCUGGUGGGACUAGAAGUGGGCCAGAGCACCAAGGUCUGGGGCCCAAAUCCAGUCUUGGGCAGCUUGGCCUCUCCAGGCCUUCCCUCUCUCUGUUGCAUUUGGGAUCUGUACCUGAACCCAGCCUUGUCAGGAGAUUUGGGGCCAUGAUAUGUUGUCACUGGACUCCGGGUGCUCACACCAGGGCCAUGCAUUAAGGAGGAGAGGGUCCAAUGGGCCGGGGGAUGUAGUGAAGGUAACAGCAGUCUGACAGGGAGGAGGAAAAGUGUAGCCAGAGGGCUCCUAGCUGGGACUGGGGCCAGAGUCCUGCUGAGUGGCCUAGCCCUGAUGGGCCUGUCGAGGAGCUGAUGAGCUCCCAAGGAGGGAGCCACAGUGAAGAGUACCCAAGGGUGAGCGCUGGCUGGGUGGGGUCGUGGGGUCUGGGAGCCAUCCCAGAACUCGUGGGUGACACCGCCAUCCUGUCCAGAGGUCCAGCAGAAAGGACCCAUGUGGGGGUGAAGGACACACACAGCCUCAGAGGAAAGAGGCAGGGGGUUUUGAUGGGCCCAGGGAAUGUACCUGUGGGUCUCUCAGGCCAGUUCCUGCCAACCAUGUCCCAGAAGUGCCCCCACCCUUGGCAGUGUUGUCCUAAUACCAUGAGCAGAACUCUCUGGGAUUUGGAUGUAACAGGGAGGCCAGAGUCAUCUAGACCUGCUUAAACUCCAGGGCCCCUCACUUUCAUGGCCCCUUCUGAGUCCACAGGGUCAAAUAUAUAUAUGUGUGUGUGUGUGUGUGUAUAUAUAUAUUUCACAUGAGUAGUAAUACUCUUUUUCUUAAAGAGACUCUCCAAAUUGUUUAAGACCUGAUCAACUCCUGCUUAUGGCAUGUGUGGGGCUAUGGCCUUGUGACCUGGAGUUCCUGCUGCCUACAGCAUCCACUGCCCACCCCGGGGGGGGGGGGGGGCUGGCCACUGCCCAAGGCCUCCCAGCACCACUCAGGAAUGUGGGAGAGCCUUGACUCCUUAAGCCUAUGUCAAGUAAACACUAAUUAGACCCAGCCACUCCCUCCUAGACUCCUCUGAGGGGUAAGGAAGCCGGUAUGGGGGGAGCAACCUCAAAUUCCUGCCCCAGGCCUGGACUUUAUGAGCAAGUCCUUGAAAGGGCCUUCCCUCCAUGACUCCUAGCCAGUUGGGGGUGUCUCAUCUCCAAACCCUCUCACUCUGAGGCAGCCUUAUACCCCUGCCACUCUUUGUUCCACCCAUUGGUUGGUCAGGGCUCACUGCCAAGCAGCAUGGACCUAGCUAGCAUCCCUAGCACAUCACUGAUAAGAGGGUGGGAAUGGAAGUUUACCAAGAGUUUGCAUGCCUGGCCCCACCAACUAUCAGUGACAAGGCCAGGAAGGCAUGGCUGCCCCCAUUUUAUAGAUGAAGAAACUGAGGCUCAGCUGGGCUAGUGACUAAGGGAAGCAGCAUGUGAUACGUGGCUUGAGGCAUCUCUCUCCAUCCUGAGUAACUCGGAAGGCAGUCUGGCUCCCUAAGUGUGUAAUGUUUCAGGGACUGGUAGAGCUUCUUUCUGGGAACUCUUGCUAGAGUCGGAAGCACAACCCCAGAUGGUGGCGGGGUCCUCCAUUUACUCCCCUAGCACCUCUUGGGUGGGCACUUCUGACUUCACAGGGCUUCUGUAAGAGGCCAGGCCCCAAGGUGCAAGGAGGACUGGGUUCACUUACCUGCAGGCUGCCUCAGUGCUGGGCCACCCAGGUGCUCCCAUGAGUGAGAACCAGGUAACUGCAAGUCAGGGAUGACUAGACUUCUGGUCAACGUUGCAACCUUUUCUACCUUGGGCCAGGCAUGGCCCUCAUUUUCCCUACUCCCCCAGACUGUCCAGUGGAGACUGCAAGGCCACUCUGCUGAGCUGAGUUCUUGGGAGUAGGGAGGGCAGCAGCCUCCACUCCACUUGUAUUCCUGGCCUAGGGGCUGCCCGGGUCCCCAGGCUGACAAAAUGCUGCACCCCUGACUAGGUCACCCGAGGGAUAGUAGGCAGCGGGCUGGAAGUUCUCGGCCUUGUCUGGAUACACAGCUGUGCCCAAACUGCCAUGAGUCCAGGGGACUGGCAGAGCUGAGGUCCCCAAAUGCCUCUUACCCCACAGGGCACUAAGGCCUCUUGCCUUGGGAGAGGGGUAUGUCUGAGAACUGACCUCUGUCUGGCCUCAUGCCCCCGGUCCCUGCCCCUCAUAGGGUCUCAGGUUAUGGGGUGUGGGGGUCUCAUGCUGCCAGAGGAUCACUUCCCCAGCCACAGCACUGGGGUGGCCCCACCCAGCUUCUUCCUUCUGCUGCCUGUGCUGACUCACCACCAGGGUGAGGGCUUGUGUCCCGGAGCCAGGCCGGGCAUCAGAGGCAUCUAUAAAAGCAGACUGCUCCAGGCCCCAGCAUCCUGCUUGAUUACCACCUGUUGCCACACAAUGUUGGGAGGCCUGGGGAAGCUAGCUGCCGAAGGCCUGGCCCACCGCACAGAGAAGGCCACCGAGGAAGCUGUUCACGUUGUGGAGGGAGUGGUGAAGGAGGUGAUAGAUCAUGCUAAGGAGGCUGGAGAGAAAGCCAUUGCUGAUGCUUUAAAGAAGGCCCACGAGUCUGGGGACAAAGUGGUAAAAGAAGUCACUGAGACAGUGACCAACACAGUCACGAAUGCUGUCACGCAUGCAGCAGAAGGCCUGGGCAAACUGGGACAGUGAGCUUGCCUGCCACCAUCAGGCUCUUCCUGAAUCGCAAUAAAAAGCUGAGAUUAAAUGUGUA